AAUCGGCCUUCGACGAGGACUCAGGUGUGGCUAUUCGUUGCGCGUGAAUAUAACGAAAAUAAAUCUGAUUGCGAGCGAGGCUGUGAAUGGUUCGUUCGAAAACCCCGCUUCAUUAUUCAUGAUGUUAAUUCGGUUUCUCUCGUUGGUGAUUAAUUAUCAUACUGGUGAAUUGUGCAUUAGAACUGUGUAAAUUUAGAACCAUACGUAGUAAUUCAAACAUGGUCGAAAAUACCCGGCGUUAUUCGACUGCUUGACUGAUUAUUCGUCAUAUUAUUAUGGAAGAGCUGUAACGGGUGGUUGCAGAAAUAGAUUAGUGAAUGCUAUAAAUAUUCCUGUGAUUAUUACUAACACGUGUUACAAUAAUAUAUCAACUAAUUGACAACGAGCGAUAUUCUCAUUGCAUAAUCUCUAUGGUUAAAUGGUAAAUUUUCUCGCUUCUUCACGCGUCAUACGCGGUGCGUAGAGUACUGAAAAUUCCGUUGAUUCUUUAUUGUAAUACGAGCCCCGAAAAAUAUAUUCCAGCAAGUCAUAUAAUCGUGAGAAUGCCGGAUUCAAUAGUCUCGGUUGCUGUGGCCAUCGGUAACGACCAAACUCUGGUCAAGAUGGAUCGCAGUUUCCCUUUGGAUGAGAUUAUUGCCGAUCUCUGUGCGAAUCACGGUCUGAUAGGAGAGUGCCACAAGUAUGCGUUGCAAAUAGCACGACCGUCGCCAAAGGCCGAAGACCAAACGAUAUCGAACCGCUACGUAACACCAGAAUUAAUUUCCCAAGUUCUUGACGGUACAGAAUUACGAUUGGUAUUCUCGGCCGCGACGACUGUCCGUCUUCUCUUUGAAGUGAUCACAGACGAUCGGGGAUCCAAGCGUAAAAGCGCCCUGCAAAAGCUCGCAAAUGCCUGCGAAGACCCGGAAUUUGCGAGGUGUUUCGUCGAAGUCGGGGGGCCGUCGCUGAUCGUUGAGAAGUUGAAAAUUGCUUCAGCCGGAGAAACCACCGCCGCAUUGGCGUGUCUCAGACUCUCGAUGCAGCACGGAUGCCUGGACCAACUUUGUCACGUCGGUAUCGACAGAGUCGUUGCGGAAAUCGCCGGUCCCGGGGAGAGCGAAGCCCUGAGAGAAGCCCUGCUGAUUGCGUGCCUGGUCAUCGCCAGAAGUGAACCUGAGCAUGGGGAGAGGCUGCGAGCUGCGCUGACGACGACGGAGAUUUUGACCUUGGUCAAGGGCAGGUCACCCGGUGUUCAAUUGGCCGUUCUGGGUCUGGUCAAUGCGAUUCUGCUCUCGUCGGAGUCGCCGCGACGCGAAGAAGACUUGAAAGCCUUGACGGAUUCGCAGUGGAGGCAGCUCAUCUUCCGUCAUGUUCUUGGUUCUGGGCAGCGAAGCGCGGGCGACGAGCUAGCUCACCAGCUUCAUGUCCUUCAAACGAUGCUCCUGAAUUCGAUUCUUGGACAGAGCCAGGAAACGUUAGUCGAAAACGAUGACGAGAACGGGAAAAUACCCUCUUUCUGGCGGAGAGUGAGCACCGAGACCGUCCUCGAGUCUGUCGAAUCGUUACCGAGCACCCCGGAACUGAGCAGGCAGAGUUCCACCAUCACCUUGGACGAGGCCACCCAAACCUACAUGCCCUCCGUGCCGUUGCCUUCGCCAAAACCCCCUCCAACCCUUAAGAGAUAUUUCUCCUACAUGUCCAACUCGAGCAACGACAUGAUCACUCAUCUGACUCCGAACUGUCUUGAGUACUUCUCUCAGAAUUAUCACGACAGUUUCGUCCUAGCCAAGGAGGAGGCUGAGCUUCUUUCUGAUCUGAAUCAUGUCGCUCAGAACGUUGUUGAUGUUUUGUGCACCGUGCUUCGGGUGGGAACGAGUCACGGACGAACUUCGACCAUGUAUUGUCCUCUCUUCUUCAGCGCUAGGGACGCCUUCUUUGAGGAGCUAUUCUGCCACGCUAUAUGGACUUUGGGAAAGACCGUGAGAGAUCUGAGGACCCGAGAGCCAGAGGAUCAUUUGAUUGCACUUCGAGUUCUUCAUCGCCAGCUGAAGGACGCCUUGGACGCCAGGCCAACAACUUUGUCCGCAUUGGCCGAAAACCUCAAGGAAAUAUCCGCCGCUCAUGUUCAAGAAUUGUGGGCCGCUGAGCAGCAGACCAAGUUUGAAAAUCUUCUUCAAAAGCAUCCAGCGAUUGAUGGUCUGAGGAAUGAUAUUAGGCCGAAAGCUGAGAGGCUCGUCACCCUUCAGAGAUUGAACGCGUUGAAGGCGGGUCACAAGUUCUCAAAACACUUCGAUACCCUCAAGGCGCAGAAGGCCAAGAAUUGGUGGUUCGUUCAUCUGUCGGAUGACGAACGCGCUCUCAUCUACGGAGACUGGGACUCCGAAAGUCAACCGUACUCAAACUUGCACAAGAGAAUCAGCGUGGCUUCUGCUACGGGGUUGGCGACUGGCAAGAGAUGCCCGCAUGCCAAGGGUCGGAAAUACCCUACCGAUAAGACAUUUUUUUCGCUACUACACGAGGGUGGUUCCCUCGACUUUAUCGCUCCUAACAAAGAAAUCUAUAAUUUAUGGACCGACGGGCUCACCGUGCUGUUGGGACGGCCCGUGCUCAGCGCUGCGUUUCAGGAAGACGUCGACAUGAUCGUUGACAUGGAGGUGAGAUUGAGACUUUUGGAACUCGGCGACGCCCCGACGCCUGUACCAGUAGAUCCACCCCCUCUGCCAUCUCCUCCGGCAAACUACGAGUUCUGCGACGAAUCCCUGGUGUGAAACCGAUCGCGACUAAGGAUCGAGAACUGUGGAAACCGUAUAAGGAUGAACUGUGCAUGUAUACAUACCCAUAUCCAGCGCCGUGAAUCGCUUCCAAUAAAGCACAUCUCGAGACGCGAUACUUCGAAUUGGGUUCAAAUUUGCAACGAGUUAGAGAGGCUGGAGGGUGGAAUAAGAAGGAAAGAAGGAACAAAUCCUUACUCUUGUUCUGCGGCUGGUGGUGUGAAAUUGUAGAGGUGCCAGGUGUCGAAUAACGCGUGCGAAUUUGUAUUCAGAUGUAUGCAGAGCUCGCGAAACUUCUCCCCUCUGCACUUUCAGAUAGCACAUAUAAAUAUACUACCCCAUGCACACGACCGUCUUUAAUAUAAAAAUGUAACUACAGGAAUAUGCUAAAUUGGCUAAUAAUACUCGUGUUCUUGAAGCUUGCACCUCGCGUUCUAGCGGGAUUUGCUUUGAAUUUAAACGUUCCUAAAAUAUAUCUUCAAGAGUUACGCAGUAAGUGACUUUUUAUCAGUCGAGUACCUACAGGGGAGAUCACGGGGCAAAGUGAUUCUUCUCAAUGCUUUAUACGUUUUGACAUUUAUGCCCGUUCACAGUCUCAAGAGAAAGCAAAAACGAUGAAA